GUCUGGCGUCCCACGCCGAUGAUCGCACGCCGCACCUGAAAUAAAGAAGCUUGCUGUCACCCCGACAAAACCCUCCUGAGACUGGUGAUGGACAGGUCAAUGGAACAGACUAAAAACAGAAUGUGAGAGCAGGAAAAAGUUCUUCCCCCCCUUAAAAAAGAAAAAAAAAAAGCUGACUGGGAAAGCACAACCCAUGGGGGGUCCUACACGAUGUACAACAGGGAAAGGCCAACAACUGGGUGAAGAUAUAAAACCUGAAAUAAGAAGAAAACCUAUAACGGGCUCCCGGUGCUGAAUCUGAAGGAGCGUGGGAAAAAAAAGGCGCAAAAGUGACGGAUGUCCUGAAUCUCCUGCGCUGUCUAGAGAAAUACUCGCCUCCACUGACUCACAGUGACAAAGGGUUGAUCAUCCAGUCAUCCUAAAAGUUACUUCUUGUGGACUGCAGGUAACAUGGCGAAAACUAAUAAUAAAGCUACAAAGAAUGCCAGGGCUGGUAACAACAAGAUAAAAACAGUAAAAAAAAACUACAAAGAAAGCCAAGGCCGCUCCUCAAAUGGGUGGUGGUAAGGUCAGGGCUGCAAAGCCGAAGAAGAAGAAGGUCGGAGCAGGAAAAAUUAGGCAACCCACCGGGGGUCCUACAGGACGUAUGGCAGGGAAAGGACAACAUCCAGCUCCUCAUGCAGGUUUUGGACAGACCAGUGUUGCACCCCAGAAGGAGAAUGUUGGAGCAGGAAAAAGUUCUAAACCCACAAAAAGCCAACAGCCUGGUAAAGAUGUCAAACCAAAAAAAGCUCCUCGAACGUGUGGUGGUAAAGUCAGGGCUGCAAAGCCGAAGAAGAAGGAUAAAGCAGGAAAAAGUCCAAAGCCCUUAAAAAAGCCGACUGUGAAUGCGCAACCCACCGGGGGUCCUACAGGAUGUACAGCAGGGAAAGGACAACAUCCAGCUCCUCAUGCAGGUUUUGGACAGACCAGUGUUGCACCCCUUAAGGAGAACGUUGGAGCAGGAAAAAGUCCUAAACCCACAAAAAGCCAACAGCCUGGUAAAGAUGUCAAACCAAAAAAAGUGUCUCAACCUACGAAGAAGUCAACUGUGAAAGAGCAAACCGGUGAAACUGCGGCCCGCAAACGAAAGAGAGAGGAGCAAAAUGGCGGAAGUGUAAAACCAAAAAGAACAAAACAGCAACCAACAGGAUAUUUUCCAGAAGCGAUACGACCGCCUGUGGUGGCUCCGAUUGUUAUUGUACAUAGUAGGCAGUCAAUACCUGGACCAUCUCCUAUGACUGUGAAUCGCGCAGCACCGACAGGACGGGUGAUGAUGCCUCCUCAGGAGCCUUUUGAGGAUAGACAUUGUGCAGCACUGUCAGGACAGGGGACGAAGCCCCGUCAUUUUGUGGACAUCCAUGAAGCGGCACUGAUACAGCGGGUGACUCUGGUGGAUCCGAUCCUAGAUGAUCUGAAGCAGUGGAGGCUGCUGACACAGGAACCAUAUGACAGAGUGCGCAACUUGAGGCCCUCCCAGGAGCAGAUGCGAGAACUCUUCUGUUAUGUGAAAUCCUGGGGAAAAGAAGGCAAGGAUAAGCUCCUGGAAUCUCUGAGAAAGCAUAACGCUCCGCUCAUCGGCGAUCUGGAGAAGAGUUAGCUCCUGGGAUCAGUGUCUGAUAUAUGGAAUGUGUUGUGUAUUACACUAAAUCAG